AUGUCUGUUCAAAUUAUGAUCGAAUUGGAAUCUAAGGUUCAUGGAUGGCGGCGCCUGCAUGGAGCGAGAUCGGAUGAUAGCCGACCGGGGGGUAUGGGCAACAGCCACCCAGUAUUAUCAGCGAUGAUUCUGUUCCUCAUCGUUGUAACAAAUUCCUUUGCUUCUGUUUCCGAUUCUUGCAAUCAGUUGCGCAGCUCCACUGAUUCACUGACGUCCGGUCUGGUGAUUCGAGAAUUUUCAAAAUCAUCACCAUCAGCAUCAUCGCCAUCAUAA